AUACACACACUGUGAAGAACAGAGAUGGUGCGGUGUCGUCCCCGACGCGUGGUUUUCUCCCAUUUGCCCUUCUCUCUCCCGCCUGAUUGAUAUCUACACUUCCAACCUGCGAAUUUGGAGCUGCUGCCUCCUGUAUUGUUUGGUGUCUGGUUUUCUUAUUAUUCUUGUGUGCGAUUGCGGUGUGUUCAAGAGGAGACAGAAGAGAUGAGCUGUUUCUCUUGCUUCGCUCCGCGCACCAAGGAUAUAAGGGUCGACAUUGAAAGCGGCAGAUCUAGUUCGCGACACUCCGUUGAAUCUACAGCGUGUCCUAGUGAGAGGGGGAAGCAGAACCGUGUUGGUAAUGAUAAUGGGAAGGGAGUUGCAGUUGAGGAGGAAUGCAUCCGAAAUAGCACUGGUGGGGCGAGGAGUUUCACAUUCAAAGAACUUGCCAUUGCAACCAGGAACUUUAAGGAGGUCAACUUGAUUGGAGAAGGAGGUUUUGGAAGGGUUUUCAAGGGUCGUCUAGAAUCAGGACAGAUUGUGGCCAUUAAGCAACUCAAUCCUGAGGGUCUCCAGGGUAAUCAGGAAUUCAUUGUGGAGGUUCUCAUGCUGAGCCUAUUGCAUCAUGCCAAUCUUGUUACACUGAUUGGUUACUGUACUGCUGGAGAUCAAAGGCUAUUAGUUUAUGAAUAUAUGCCAAGGGGUAGUUUGGAAGAUCACCUUUUUGAUCUUGAACCUGGUCAAGAAGAGCCUCUUAGUUGGAACACUCGCAUUAAGAUUGCAGUUGGUGCUGCUCGUGGUAUUGAGUAUCUUCACUGCAGAGCUAAUCCGCCAGUUAUUUAUCGUGAUCUAAAGUCAGCAAAUAUUUUACUGGAUGAUGAAUUCAACCCAAAACUCUCAGACUUUGGACUUGCCAAGUUGGGUCCUGUUGGUGACAAAACACAUGUUUCAACCAGGGUGAUGGGAACUUAUGGAUACUGCGCUCCUGAGUAUGCGAUGAGUGGCAAAUUGACUCUUAAAUCAGAUAUUUAUAGCUUUGGUGUGGUAUUGCUGGAGUUGAUAUCUGGGCGGAAGGCUAUAGAUCUAACUAAAAGGCGUGGAGAGCAGAACCUUGUUGCUUGGUCUCGUCCUUUUCUCAAGGAUCAGAAGAAGUAUGGCUACCUGGUUGAUCCUCUCAUGCAAGGACGCUUUCCUCGUCGUUGUCUGAACUAUGCAAUUGCAAUAACUGCAAUGUGUCUUAAUGAGGAAGCUAAUUUCCGGCCUCUUAUUAGCGAUAUCGUUAUUGCACUUGAAUAUUUGGCAACCCAGAGUAACACCCCAGAAUCUGUUGGAGCCAGCAGUGCCUCAUGCUCAUCGCCUAGACAGCCGCAGGAAAGGGGUGAACAUUCUCAAGAACCCUGUAGAAAGCGUGUAUCUUCUGCUUGAAGUUCCUUUCCUUUGGACUCAACCUGCAGAAGCACUCUGAUGACAGUUCCUUGCCUCAACAGAAGGGAAAAAAAAAUCUCCAAACUCGAUCUUUUGCCGAUCUAUAAUAUAUUUGCACCAAGCAGAGGGCUUAUACAGACAUGAUGUAAAAGUAUGUACAUAAACUGGGUAGGAAAUCGCGGUGGUGCCCAUGGCUAGAAGCCAGCUUCAUCGACUGUUUACCUAAAUUUGGAGCCUGAGUCCAAAUGGUGCCUUUGUUCAUAUACCUCCUAGUUGGCGGUUCUCAUAGUUAAGAAACCUGUGGAUAACUCCAUAUUUAUUGAUUUUUCUGGAGAUGAAAUUGUGUUUCGUACAUGGAGCAAUGUCUAGUGUUUAUUUUUCUUCUCUCUCUCUCUCUCUCUUUAAUAGAAAAGAUGAACUAAAACAACAGUAGUAGGAAGUUGAGAGAAAAGGAAUACAAAGUGUGAUUCAGCUUUUUUUUUU